CACAUUAUUAUUAUUAUUAUUACAUUGCUCCUUCUUAGUCUGAUUGAAUAGUCUUGAUUUAAAAAUUCACAUGUGGUUGUUUUAUAUCUUGUAACCCCUUAUUUAUUGCACGUAAAAGGUUUCUUCUCCUUUGCGUUGUUCUGUAGCAUGAGGAUGGAGAGCUGAUGAACUGGUGAUGCUGCUUGGAAAAUUCAUAAACAUUUGGAGUCAAUCCCGGCAUGGGGGACAUGAAGACCCCAGAUUUCGAUGACCUUUUGGCAGCGUUUGACAUUCCUGAUAUAGACGCCAAAGAGGCCAUCCAGUCUGCCCCAGAUGAGACCGAGGCUCCUCAUACUGGAACCCCUAGUUCAGCCUUAGGAAAGCCGGAAAACGUGGUUGGUGUUGGACCAUCUUUAAGACCACCAAGCCCCCCAGACUCCCAAACAGAUACUUCAAUUGUCAGCGUGAUUGUAAAGAAUAAAGUCCGUGCUGUGGAUGGGGUGGAGGGAGAGACUGAUCAGGACCCCAUUGAUGUUAUAGCAGGGGUGGAUGUGGGACCUCGACUUGGUGCUUGUGCUCCCGGGGUAGCCGAAUCAGAGCCACUAAAUCACAAUGGCUUUGGGACAUCUGGCGUGUCUCCUUCCCUUGCACUGAAUCAGGCGCAAUCCAAUGGAGCGCCAUGGUCAAUCAACACCAACAAAGUGUCUUCUGAAACAGCAGGGGGCAAGACACAUAAACAGGGUGGCAACAUUUUCAAUAGACUAAAACCACUUGUAUCACAGGGUACUGGUGAUCCCGUGGGUAGAGCCAGGAAAAUGCAACUUCUUCAGCAGCAGCAUCAACAGCAGCAAGACACGGGGCAGGAGCGGCCGGAUGGGGUCAAAGCAGCACUACCGUCGUCCUCCUCUUUACCUGCAGGGUCAUCAGCGUUAUCUGCAGCAGGGCCUGUUGGGUUAGCUUCACCUUUCUUCCCCCCUUCUAAACCGGUGCUACCUACGCCUUCACACCCUCUGCACUCUGCUCAGCCUUUUAACGGUGCUAGUAAAGGGGGAUUUCAGCACACACCAAUGGACGAGGAGGAUUCGGACCCCGAUUUAGGAAGCCCAUUGGUGAUACAAGAAACUCCGGAUUCUCCAACUGCCACUGAGCUAAGUCAAAGGUACAAAUCUGAUGCAACGCAGCCAUCUUCAUCUAUAGCUCCACAUCCAAAACCAGGCGACACACCUUCAGGGGCAUCAAUGGGCGUGUCCAUGCCUCAAUCCGGUACGACAGAAAGUCCUGCACAAGAAGAUAGGCAUCCAGAACAUGUAAUUGAAGAAAGAGACUCUCCAGAAAGUCCAGAACCAGAAAUGCCCAAAUCUGCAGCUCAGAUUGCAUCCAAGAGGUGCUCAAGUCCUGCAGUAGCCUCCACUCCGCCUCCUUCUGAACUUAGGGAGCCCAAAGAAGAGGAGGAGGAGAUGGAAGUGGGCAAUGGUAUCGAUAGGGUUGUAGAUGGAAAAGGAGAUACUGAAAAAGGUGAAAAUGCCAAAACGGGUGAAGAAAAAAUGGAUGUUGAAUACACAAAAUCAAAAACAUCUGGAGCAGACACUAAUGCUGCCCCAGCUGCAUCUGGCACACCCUCCCGCCCUCUCAAAGUUCGAAUAAAGACGAUCAAAACAUCCACAGGGGUUACUCGGACAGUUACCAGGGUAGCAUCUAAAGGAGGGGCAGAUAAGUCUCAGAGCGGGGAUCACAAACUUUUAUCGAACAAAAAUUCAAAAAAUGAAGCUGGACAAGUAACAACAUCUUCACAGAAAGUAAGUGCCCUCAAUGCCUUGCCUGUGUCCACUCUUGCUGCCAGUACUGUCAUGUUGGCAGCAGCUACUAAAGUUCAGAAUAAAAUGGCUGCUUCUGAAAAGGCAAAGGUCUCUGCAACGGCGGUUAGCAUCACAAAAUCCACGACUUUACCUGUAACUCCCUCUGCAGCGUCGACUCCCAAGUUUUCAGCUGGCACUGGUGGCAUAAGUGUGCGCACAUCCACUAAUAAGACAGCGAACGGGAGCACUGGUACCAUAAUAGCAAGCACCCUCCAACCAACUAAACCUGCUUCUAUAGUCAACAGUACAGGAGCUGUCAUCUCCCGCAGUCAGUCAAGUUUGGUAGAAGCCUUCAACAAAAUCCUAAACAGUAAAAAUCUGCUACCAAGCUACAAGCCUGACCUCUCUGCCCCUCCGCCUCCAGAAUGGGGCUUACCGCUGCCCUCUACUGGAUACCGGUGUUUGGAGUGCGGAGAUGCAUUUGCGUUGGAACGAAGCCUGGCGCGACACUACGACAGGAGAUCACUACGGAUAGAGGUGACAUGUAAUCACUGUGCAAAGAGACUGGCAUUUUUCAACAAGUGCAGCCUUCUCCUCCACGCGCGUGAGCAUAAGGAGCGCGGGCUGGUGAUGCAGUGCUCACAUCUGGUCAUGAGGCCGGUCACUGUGGAGCAGAUGAUCGGACAGCAGGACAUCACGCCCAUCGGUGGCCUGCUCUCCUCUUCAUCCUCCUCUCCUUCAGUCUCCACCUCCACCACCUCCGCUGCCUCUGGGACAUCCUCUAGCCCCAGCCCCAGAAAAGACUCCUCCACCCCGGCCUCUACUCAGCCACGACAGGUGCGGCGGGCUACCCAGGGCCCACAGGCGUUAAUGCCCCUGCCCUGUAAGAAGGCUGAGGGGCUCCAGUACAACAACUUCAAAUGCCCCGAGUGCCAAACGCAGUGUAACAACAAGGCUGAGCUGGUGACGCACUUCCAACAGAUCAGAGCCACUUCAAACUCAACCUGUUCUCAGUGCUCUCCUCCCAUGAUGCUGCCAAACUCGUGUGCUCUGUCAGCUCACCAGAGGAUCCACAAACACAAGGCUCCUCAUGUUUGUCCUGAGUGUGGGGGCACGGCGAGACAGGCCAGCUUCCAGACGCACCUGGAGGAGGCCUGUCUGCACUUUGCACGCCGAAUCGGAUACAGGUGCUCGAGUUGCCAGGUCGUAUUUGGGGGCCUAAACUCUAUCAAGUCCCACAUCCAGACAGCUCACUGCGAGGUCUUCCACAAGUGCCCCAGCUGCCCCAUGGCCUUCAAAUCUGCCCCCUCCGCCCAGAGCCACAUCAGCACACAGCACCCCAAUCUCACAGGGGGGCAGGCCAAAAUGAUCUACAAGUGCGUGAUGUGUGACACCGUUUUCACCCUGAAGCCCUUGCUGUACAUGCACUUUGACACUCAUUUAGCCAAACAGAAAGUGCACGUGUUCAAGUGUCCAGACUGCACCAAGCUCUACGCCCAGAAGGGGUCAAUGAUGGAGCAUAUCAAGACGGCUCACAGAGGACCGUCAGCCAAACAGGAAGUCCAGUCUGACAGCUCUAGCUCCGCCCCUGCCUCGACGAAUGCUGGUGCCUCUGGUCUCAAAUCCAAGUCUUCUGUGAAAACGGAUAACUCUGACGGAGAGGACUGGGGUCGCGAGCAAGAGGACGAGGAAGAGGAGGAUGAUGAAGAUGAUGACGAUGAUGGAGAUGAAGAUUAUGAAGCUCCUGGGAGUCACACGGUCUCGGCCAACCAAUCAGAGUGGACCUGCCCUCAGUGCCAGACCACCUUUACAGAUCACGAUGACUUUCUCAGCCACGUGAAAAUGGAGCAUGGAAAGUUUCCCUGCCGCAUCUGUGGUGGGACGUUCAGCACAUCGUCCAGUCUGAGGCGUCACGAGCGUGUCAUCCAUGAAGGAAACAAGCGCGUCUUCCGCUGCCAAUACUGCACUGAGGGCAAACGCACCUUUGGGAGUCGAUUCCUUUUGGACAAGCACAUUCGACUGCAUCACCGAAACCCAGAGGGCCAGGGUCCUCCAAUGACGAGGAAGCGUGCAGCUGGAGUGGACGGUCCAGGCAGCUCCUCGGAACUGGAUGGAGAGGGUCCCUCUGUGCUGAGGCCAGGGGAGGAGGACGAGCACCCCUCAGCGGACGGAGAGGAGGGGGCCGGUCCCGCUAAGAGGACCCGGGCGUCUGUGGCCUCGACACCAGCGUUGCCCCCUGCUGAACUGGAAGAGGACGACAGUGUGUUCCGGUGUGUUCCGUGUGGCUUCACCACAGAGGACGGAGCGGAGUUCCAGCAGCACAUCCCGCAGCACCGCGCGGACACUGCCUCCUUCCAGUGCCUGCAGUGUGGGGUGUGCUUUGCCUCAGCGGGCUCUUUGGGCAGACAUCGCUUCAUCACCCAUCGCGUUCGGGACACCCACAGCAGCAGCAGUGAAGUCCCCUCUGCAGCUCCACAGCGCCCCCACCAGGGCACCACUCCGGACGGGUCACCUGCCGGCUCGCCCCACGUCUCGGCAGAGGAAUCGGAGGGGAACCUGACCUGCAAAGUGUGCGGGCGGCGUUUCGACAAAGCCUCGGACCUCAACACGCACUUCCGAACCCACGGGAUGGCGUUCCUCACAGCCCACAAGACAGACAAGCCCUAGGAACAUUUAUAAACAGGGCUGUCCCAAAAGAUACAGAAAAUGAAUGUUGAAUUUAAAGAUGGCUGCUUCCUGUGCAGUUUUUUACCCCCUAUAAAUAGACAGUUUUAAAUAUCUAUGGCACCUCUUCUGUCGGAUUGUAACUGCAUGUUUCGGUCACUAAACUCAACACACCUGUGCUAGAAAGGCAUUAUAUUAUAGUCUCAACCAUACUGUGUCCAAAUAUGUCCUUACCAUUUUCACCUCUGCACUAACUGUAGCGCCACCUACCUGUUUACUCAUGCAACACUCCUGCCAAUUUUACCGCUACUUUUAUUUGCCUUUACUACAUUUUACUCAGCUGGCUUUACUGGCCUGUUUUAAUGGCUUCACAUUUGACUUUUUAGCUGCUAAAACAGAUCGACGACAAGAGGGGGAUGGCUUUAGGAAAUUGACACUGUUUUUUAUGUUGCUAAAAUAUUGUAAUAUUUAUUUAUACGAACGUGACUUCUGCAACAUAAGAGGCAUAUCUUUGAAGGCAUUUUUAUUAGAUGAGUUUAUUGAAGGCCUGUAACCUGUUAAGUGUGAAAAUGUGUAAUGUUGUUCUUUGUUAGAGCUUGAAGAGGGUUUAAACGUGAUAUACUUUCACUGGACAUAUUAUCAGAAACACGGUGUACUUAAGUGAGUAUCAAAAGGCAGUAACUAAUACAUUUUAACUUGUAGAUAUCAUAACACAAUUUAAAUUGCACAAAUAUAUAAAGGAUUAUCAGUAAAUUGUCUUUUGUGACUUGUGGUAUUAUUAGCCUUAGACUCAAAGUGUGUUGUUUAGACCAAGUUAAUAGUCUAGAAAAGUGGUCCCUCAAGUGUGAAGUUGAACAUUAUCAGUGUAUGUACAGCUUCUUUAAAGCCUUAAUAUAAUUUUAAUUAUAUAUAUUUCACAAUGAGCUGUUAAAUAUGUGCCACAAGAAUUUUUAAGUACUUAUUUUUUUGGAAACACCCUAUUUUAGAUGUGUGAAACUCAAGUACAACACAAAUUUGUACAAUUGUAAAGUGUCUUACAUUUUUGUUACCAUGUUGCCAUGAUUGUCACAACUGUCCCUUUAUAUUUAAUAAGUGUUUCAAUUAGUAAUUAAAAAGUUGUGCGUAGGAACUACAAACACCAAGACUAGCCAAGGUUACAAUUGUGGUUCUUGAUUUAAAUGAUAUUGGAGUCUAAAUGGAUUAACAUUGCUGCCAUCUAGCUUAAGACAGUGACUUUAAUAAUAUGUCCAGUGAGUGUACGAGUACGAGUUUGCCAUGUAAAUACAUAUAAUUACACUAAAAGAAAAGUGCGCUGGUUUUAGUAACUUGCUAUGAUAAUGUGAAUACGUAUUUGUACCUGUACUGUUCCCUUUUUUCCAAACACAUUGAAGUCUAAAAGUAAAAAAAAAAUCUUCCCCCCAGAAGUAGCUAUCCAUUGUAAUUACAGAUUGAGAGCUUGGGGGCCGUGUUGUCUUAAGUGUAUGAAUACAAAUGUUAAUCUAUGGGAGAUGGUUGAUUUUUUUAUGAAUGACUCAGUGCUUGCUUGUUUUUCUUUUCUAUGUUACAAAGCAGCCUUCAUUGUUAAGCGACGGAGGCCUAUGGGUGGACUUCUUUUGUUUGUAUCUUUUAUAUGUCAUGAUAUCAUAUUUAUAUAGCUCUAUAGUGGAAAACUUCAUGUCAUUUUUUUCCAUGGUUGUGGUCUGCUUGCUGAAAUGCCAUACACUUUUGUGCUGUUUCGAAUAAAUGUGUAAAAGAGAAAA